GUCCUCAGUAAGAAUGGCGGAAGAAAUAAAAACACACCUGUCCAAAUUGAUGAAAACCGUUACAGGCCUUUAUGCUAUCUUAGUAACAGACAGAGAUGGUGUUCCAGUUGUCAAGGUGUCAUCAGAGCAGGCCCCAGAAUUGGCAUUACGACAAGACUUUCUUUGUACAUUCAGUGCAGGAACAGAGCAAGCCAACAAAAUAGGGUUUAAGAAGAAUAAUGCUGUUGUCUGCAUGUACCAAAACUAUCAGGUGGUACAAGUAAACUGUCGUCCUCUGACUGUGACAUACAUUGCAGAGAGUGAUACAAAUACAGGGUUGCUGUUGAGUUUAAAAGAAGAUAUGAAAGACAUUUUAAAUGACAUUUCAUCGGUUGUCAUCACGUCAUAAAGGGAAAUGUCAAGUACAAGAUAUAGUGUAUCCUAAGUUAUUCUGGAAAAGAAAUAUUGAGAAACCUGCCAUGCUGGAGAGAGAGCCUGGACUUUGUUUUUGACAUUUAAGUGAUUACACAAAAAUUGAACAUGUUAUUUUGCACACAGAAAAAGAAACCAAAAAAAAAAAAAACCCAAAAAACUGGUGUGAAAGGAAAGCAUGUUCAUAUUUGUGUAUUGAUCCUGUAAUGAGUGAGAGUUUCUGCAAUGAUAGUUAUGAAAUUGAGUGGAAUAUUUAUGAAAGUGAAGUGCCAAUGAAGUAACAAAUAUUCUGGAUGAAUUUGUGGUAUUAAUGUUACAAGAGGAUUGUAUACAACACACAAUAUACAAAGAAUUGUUCAUCUAUUAAUUUUGUUAUUUUGGUUUUAGUUAAGCUGAUAUGUUUUGAAUUUGUAACAUUUCAGAUUUCCCAAACUCCUGAAAGUUAACUUAAGAUGAAAAAUAUCAAAUGUCUUGUAUGAAUUUCAUCAUUUCACUUCAGUUAAAUAAAGCUUUGUGCAAGAUUGAUAUAAUAUUAAAGGAUGGUGUGUGAGUGGUAUCAGAGAAAGAGAGAUCAGGGAUAUUGUGCGAUGUCUAAAAACAGCUACAAGAUUUUAUGAAAUAAUCUAUCAGAUCAGAUACACAAGAUCCUUUUCUUGCACCUUUUCUGUUGAGUGUCUGUCAGUUAUCAUUUUCUGACAAAGACUUCUUUUUAAUAUAUCCAGAAUUACAUAGAGAUCUCACAUAGGAUGAGGAAUGAUCCUCAAUUAUAAUGAUUAAGUUCUUACAAUGAACUAAAACAGUUGACAGAUCUUAUUUAUGUAUCGAAAUGUGUAGGUUGUACCAAAUACAAAAGAUGUUAUCAACAAACCUAAGUUAACAAAACAAGCUUUUGCAUAUGUAUGUUCCUUGUGCAAAAUAUAUUGAGAAAGAAUAAUGAAAAAUAAAAACUUGGAGUCGAAUUUUCAUACAUGAUUCAGACAUUUCUGUUUCUUUGAUUUGUAUACAAAUUAUCUAUUAUACCUAGUGCAAAACAUGUAUUUAAUGCAAAAGAUUACUUCGUGUGAAAGAAAGUAUUUUAGUAUGUGGUAGAAAAUGGAUACCUGCAUUUAUGUUAUGGAAAAGCCUGUUGCUGUAUAUAAUGUUGAUGAAGCAAUAGAAUAAUAAAAAGAUUUACAUUAAUAAAUGUGAAGAUUUUACACACACCAGCUGUCAAACUAAUUAUUCCUCAACUUAUGGUUCUUCUCUGGAUAUGGAAAUAGUUUCGGCACUGAAGCUGAGCUAAAGGCAGUAAACACUUUGACUGGCUUUCUCUUCAGAAUCACUCUGAUUUUCUCACACAUAAUGUUGUUCAGUUGUAAUAAUUUGAAACCUUUGUGAUGAAAUGGAUAUAAAGUGUGGAUACUUAA